GAGAGAGAGAGAGAGAGAGAGAGAGAGAAUACAUCAACAUUGACCAUGUCCUUAUCUUCAUAAUGAGAGGAAAAGUUUAAUAUUAUGUAAAAUAGAAAAUGAAAAAGAGAUUAAGAUUUGGAAAGAGGAACAAAUAGAUGUACAGUACGAGAGAGAGAGAGAGAGAGAGAGAGAGAGAGAGAGAGAGAGAGAGAGACCUUACUAUUACCACACCAAAUAAAACCACAAUGUUAAAAAGAAGACCCUCACACAAGAGAAACACCAUUGGGCCUUUUCUGCGGACUGUACGCCUAGGGAAGAGGAGGAGGAAGAGUGCGAGAGCGAGCUCAGGAAAACAUAUCGUACCGCAAGACUCCCUCAGUUCAGUCCGCGGCGCCAGCAUGAUCAGAGCUCCGGGAGUGAUACAGAAUCAUGGGCGCGCCCUGGUUGUGGCGUGGCGUCGAAGCGGGGCGGUGGCGCGGUCGGCCUCCCUGCCACCCUCCUGCAGGGCCUGGCGCGAUGUGCACACUUCGGCCGCGGCGCGAGACAAGGAUGACCAGCCAGGCCGUGACCACCUGGGGCGCCCCGUGGCCUCUGCCGAGGUGAAGCGCGCAGCAGCCAAGGUGGCGGGAUGGAAGGAGUCCUGGGACAAGCCUGUGGCGGGGCAGCAAGGCGGCACCCUCAAGGACAUCCUGAAGCAGCAGCCUGAGUUGCUCAAGCCCACCAAGGAGGCUGCCGGGUCCUCCACCUCAGACAAAGAUGGCCCGGUGCCGCACAUGCCGCACCGCCAGCCUGGCGGCGCCGCCGCCAAGCCCCCGCUGGCCAGGAAGACACCCUCCCCCAAGCAAGCCGCGCCCAAGCCCGCACCCGCCAAACAUGCUCCGCCAGCCCAGAAGAAAGCUGCCCCGCAGACCACAGCAGCCAAGAAACCUGCUUCAGACCCUGCAGCUGCAAAGAUCAAACCCGCUGUUGCAAAGCCUGAACUUGCAGCUACAAAGCCAGAACCUGCAGCUGCAAAGCCUGGACCCACAGCUGCAAAACCUGCGCCUGCAGCUGCUAAGUCUGAACCUACAGCUGCAAAGCCUGAACCCACAACUGCAAAGCCAGACCCUGCAUCUGCAAAACCUCAACCCAUAGCUGCUAAACCUGCGCCUGCAGCUAAGUCUGAACCUGCAGCUGCCAAGGCAGAGCCUGCAGCUGCAAAACCAGAGCCUGCAGCUAAAAAACCUGAGCCUGCAGCUGCCAAGACUGAACCUGCAGCUGCCAAGGCUGAACCUGCAGCUGCCAAGGCAGAGCCUGCAGCUGCCAAGGCAGAGCCUGCAGCUGCAAAGCCUGAGCCUGCAGCUGCCAAGACUGAACCUGCAGCUGCCAAGGCAGAGCCUGCAGCUGCCAAGGCUGAACCUGCAGCUGCCAAGGCAGAGCCUGCAGCUGCCAAGGCAGAGCCUGCAGCUGCAAAGCCUGAGCCUGCAGCUGCCAAGGCAGAGCCUGCAGCUGCCAAGGCUGAACCUGCAGCUGCCAAGGCUGAACCUGCAGCUGCCAAGGCUGAACCUGCAGCUGCCAAGGCAGAGCCUGCAGCUGCCAAGACUGAACCUGCAGCUGCCAAGACUGAACCUGCAGCUGCCAAGGCAGAGCCUGCAGCUGCCAAGGCAGAGCCUGCAGCUGCCAAGGCUAAACCUGCAGCUGCCAAGGCAGAGCCUGCAGCUGCCAAGGCUGAACCUGCAGCUGCAAAGCCUGAACCUGCAGCUGCCAAGGCUGAACCUGCAGCUGCCAAGCCUGAGCCUGCAGCUGCCAAGGCAGAGCCUGCAGCUGCAAAGCCUGAACCUGCAGCUGCCAAGGCUGAACCUGCAGCUGCCAAGGCUGAACCUGCAGCUGCCAAGCCUGAGCCUGCAGCUGCCAAGGCAGAGCCUGCAGCUGCAAAGCCUGAACCUGCAGCUGCCAAGGCAGAGCCUGCAGCUGCCAAGGCAGAGCCUGCAGCUGCCAAGGCAGAGCCUGCAGCUGCCAAGGCUAAACCUGCAGCUGCCAAGGCAGAGCCUGCAGCUGCCAAGGCUGAACCUGCAGCUGCAAAGCCUGAACCUGCAGCUGCCAAGGCUGAACCUGCAGCUGCCAAGCCUGAGCCUGCAGCUGCCAAGGCAGAGCCUGCAGCUGCAAAGCCUGAACCUGCAGCUGCCAAGGCAGAGCCUGCAGCUGCCAAGGCAGAGCCUGCAGCUGCAAAGCCUGAACCUGCAGCUGCCAAGGCAGAGCCUGCAGCUGCCAAGGCAGAGCCUGCAGCUGCCAAGGCAGAGCCUGCAGCUGCAAAGCCUGAACCUGCAGCUGCCAAGGCAGAGCCUGCAGCUGCAAAGCCUGAGCCUGCAGCUGCCAAGGCUGAACCUGCAGCUGCCAAGGCAGAGCCUGCAGCUGCAAAGCCUGAACCUGCAGCUGCCAAGACUGAACCUGCAGCUGCCAAGGCAGAGCCUGCAGCUGCCAAGGCAGAGCCUGCAGCUGCAAAGCCUGAACCUGCAGCUGCCAAGGCAGAACCUGCAGCUGCAAAGCCUGAGCCUGCAGCUGCCAAGGCAGAACCUGCAGCUGCAAAGCCUGAACCUGCAGCUGCCAGGGCUGAACCUGCAGCUGUCAAGGCUGAACCUGCAGCUGCCAAACCUGAACCUGCAGCUGCCAAGGCAGAACCUGCAGCUGCAAAGCCUGAACCUGCAGUUGCAAAGCCUGAACCUACAGCUGCAAAGCCUGAAGCAGAGCCUGCUGUGGCAAAGGCUAAGCCUGCAGCUGCAGAAUCGGAAGCAACAGCCACAAAGGAAAGUGUGCCAGAGGCCGCAGGUGGUAAGAAGGCAGCCCCCGAUGUCAUUGCAGCAGCAGACACCAGCGGUGAGGCCCAGGAAGCCACAGCGAGCCAGGAGGCGGCAGCGGCCCAGGACUCGGCGGCGGCCUCAGCAGCAGCGGCCGUUGCUGCUGACUCCCCACUCACCACACAGACUGAGGAAGCAGGAACCAGCGGGGCAGGGCGGGUGGUGGCAGUCAUCGGCGCCGUGGUGGACGUGGCCUUCCAGGGCGAGCUGCCGUCCAUCCUCAGCGCCCUUGAGGUGGAGCAAAGGCAGCCUAGACUGGUGCUGGAGGUGGCACAGCAUUUAGGCGGCAACACAGUGCGCACCAUCGCCAUGGACGGCACAGAGGGGCUGGUGAGGGGGCAUGUGGUGAGAGACACAGGCAGCCCCAUCUCCAUACCAGUGGGGGCUGCCACCCUCGGCAGGAUUAUGAAUGUUAUUGGGGAACCAAUAGACGAGAGGGGACCCAUUGCCUCCACCAGCAAGUCUGCCAUCCACGCAGAGGCUCCCCCAUUUGUGGAGAUGAGUGUGGAGCAACAGAUUCUGGUCACUGGCAUUAAGGUAGUGGACAUGCUGGCUCCGUACUCCAAGGGCGGCAAGAUUGGUCUGUUUGGCGGCGCUGGUGUGGGCAAGACAGUGCUUAUCAUGGAGCUGAUUAACAACGUGGCGAAGGCUCACGGUGGGUACUCGGUGUUUGCUGGUGUUGGCGAGAGGACAAGAGAGGGGAAUGACUUGUACCACGAGAUGAUCGAGUCUGGCGUCAUUUCCCUUAACGAUGAUUCUUCCAAGGUGGCACUGGUGUACGGACAGAUGAACGAGCCCCCAGGUGCCAGGGCGCGUGUGGCACUGACGGGGCUGACUGUCGCAGAGUACUUCAGGGAUCAAGAGGGCCAGGAUGUGUUGUUCUUUGUUGAUAACAUCUUCAGGUUCACACAGGCAGGGUCUGAGGUGUCUGCCCUGCUUGGUCGCAUCCCCUCAGCCGUGGGGUACCAGCCAACUCUGGCCACCGACAUGGGUAGUAUGCAGGAGAGGAUCACCACCACCACCAAGGGCUCCAUUACUUCUGUCCAGGCUAUCUACGUGCCAGCUGACGACCUCACUGAUCCCGCUCCUGCCACCACUUUUGCACAUCUUGACGCCACCACAGUGUUGUCCCGAGGCAUUGCUGAGUUAGGAAUCUACCCCGCAGUUGACCCCUUGGACUCCACCUCUCGCAUUCUGGACCCUAAUGUGAUUGGUCCACGCCACUACUCCAUAGCCAGAGGGGUCCAGAAGAUCCUACAGGACUACAAAUCACUGCAGGACAUCAUCGCCAUCCUGGGCAUGGAUGAACUGUCUGAGGAGGACAAGCUGACAGUGUCCCGAGCAAGGAAGGUACAGAAGUUCAUGUCGCAGCCCUUCCAGGUGGCAGAGGUCUUCACCGGCUACCAGGGAAAGUUUGUCUCACUAGAGGACACUAUCAGGAGCUUCGAGGAGAUUCUGGAGGGGAAGCAUGACAACCUUCCUGAGGCGGCCUUCUACAUGAUGGGCGGCAUUGAGGAGGUCGUGGCCAAGGCGGAACAGUUGGCGCAGUGAGGGCAGAGGGAGGGAGAACGUAGGGAAGGGGGAGAGGGAGGGGGGUAGUGCUGUUUUAGUAUUGUAUAUUUGAGUUUAGAGGAAUUUGUAGAGAAAGAGAGAGAGAGAGAGAGAGAGAGAGAGAGAGGGGGGGGUGUUUUCAAGUCUUGUAUAGCUUAAUAUAAGUGAAUUUUUAGAGAGAGAGAGAGAGAGAGAGAGAGAGAGAGAGAGAGAGAGAGAGAGAGAGAGAGAGAA